UUUUUCUUUUAAUUUCCUGCUCCUGCCUUCUUCUAUUUAGCCUUUAGCUUCCUUCGGCUGUCAAGGGUUAUAUGAACCACUUAGCUAACUGCAGUAUUUAAUUAAAUUCCGAAUCAUUUAAAAAAUAAAUAAAAUAAAAUGGAGGAUGAAGAGCAGGAUCUACUACUCAAUCGCAUAGAGCAGGACAUUAUUAAUUCUUGUCCAAGGUGCUCACAUGUCAAGGACAUAGUUAAGAAACAUGUCAAGGACAUAGUUAAGAAAUUCAAAAGAGACCGCAGAUGUUAUAAGCUGAAAGACAAGCUGGACAAGAAGGAGUGGCAUGGCAACCGCAACAGAGGCACUGUUGCUGAGCACGGUGAAGUGGCACUGCCGCACCUGGGAGGCGGGGCGAGCUUUAGGGGCAUGAAGCGUGGCCGUGGCAAGCGCACUUCUGCUCUCUUGGCCGUCAGGAAUGUUUCUGCCCCUGAUUUGACUUCUCUUGAAGAUCACUCCAGUGUGAGCAGUUAUGACGUGCAUAAACCUCCACUUUUGAAAGAAGCAGUUCCCGCCGCUGUUGAAUUAAAUAUGCCCAUAUCAGAAAACUCGGGCACUUCUAAUAUCUUCCAGUCUCCUAGUUCUGCCCGUGUACAGACCACAACACGCAGAGGUAGAGGUCGAGGCAGAGGAGGAAGCAAAGCAAGAGGGAAUCGGUCUAAUUUAGGCUCCAGUUCAAUGAUAGCUGCUGCUGCUAUGCACAGUUCUGAAGAGCUCGUCUCCGUGAACCAGGUUAAACCAGCGCAACCUGUUGCAUUGCCCAACAAUGGUAAUGGCGAUUCCAUGAGCCACUGUGAGGAAAUCAAUCAAGUGGAAUCAAUGAAACCAAAAGAAAAAGUUUCCCUGCGGUUGAACAAAAUCAGUGGUGUGGAUUCCAAUGGAAUAUCGGAAUCACAAGCUAAAAAGGAUAACUUGGCAGGAGCUGCAGUGAAGGUCGUGGCCUCGACUGGUGACCCUGUGCUUGGUUCAGUUCAAGAAAGGACAUCGAAAUUAAACCUAAACAGAUCUCUCCCACUGUCCUGCAGUUCUACAGAUGUUAGCGAUACUGUAGCGGUAUCACUGACUUCGAACUUCGAUUACUUGGAAAAUAUUCCUGGCUGUGUAGGGGAAGACGAGUUGGUGCCCUCCAUACCUAUUUCAAAUGUAGAUAACUUUCCUACAGCUGAGUUUGUAGAAAGUACACCAAUAGACUCAUGUCAUGGCCAAGAUUUUCAUCAUGAUUUAAAUUUAAGUAUAAUCAAUGAUGCUUUUCUAGAGACUAUGGGUCCAGGUAUUGAACUAGAAACCAUUGAUGAAAUUGAAGCAGCAAUGAAUACUCAACCUUCCACCAUUCCUGCAUUCCGCAUGACAGAGAAGAGUUUUGAGAGAAAUUCUUCUGAUGUCAGAAAUUUGGUUUGUACCAAUGCAAGAGAUGUCCCGGAUCUACCUUCUGAGGAAUCCGAGAUCAUUAAAGAUGAUGGAUGCAAAAAACGUGCACUUGUUGGUAAAUUUGAGCCUUGUAAAACAUCUAAACGGUCAAAGACCAGUGACCCACCAAAUGCAAGCAAGAGUCGCACUCAUGAUGGACCCUCCGCGACUGUUAUGUUAAGUGCUUGUGAGAAUGAAAGAGCAAAAUGCUUGAAACCUUCUAGUGCGACUAUAAACAUAGCAUCGUCAGCUGACAGCAACGUGGAUGAGAACUCUGCAGAUGUCUCUUCACCACCAAGCAGUCCUGUCGAUCCAGGCUCUGCUGAAAUUGAUGGUCAAGCUCCGAGAUUUGAUAUUCAGCAUCAGGAGCAAUUAUCUGGAGGGUCUCAAUUGAUUGAAAAGCUGAAGAAUUUAGAAAUUGAAAGUUUUGUGGAGAAUAAAAAAAUGAAGGCAAAACAGACUCUAAAUGAAGACAGUAAACUCGAUGGGGCAGGGUUAGGUGAAAACGAUCAUCUUGUAUUUCUGCAUCCUGACGGCAAGAAGACGGUCAUUAAUUUUGUUCCUCAAAUACAGUCUGAUGGAAAAGCUAAAUAUCAAAUCCCUGACGAAGCCUCGGACAACGUAAUGGAAAAUUCUAAUCGUGAGGCUAUGUCAAAUGGGGAGAAGAUCAUUGCAGACGUACAGCCGUCCCCUGUUGGUCAAGCUUUUAGGGCAGUGCCGGUGAAACUGAAGAAUUCUUGUAAAGAAUCAAAACAAGGCGUGGUCACGGCGAGACAGGCAUCACAUUCAACAAAUGAUAGCUUUGAAUGUCCUAUCUCUAAAUCUGCCAAGGCUGUUGCAAAAGUGGGUAUGAAUAAAAUUAAAGAUUUUGCUCGUGAUUGCAACGGAGACUGCAACCAGAAUAAUGGAAAUGUUACGAAAAAUUCAAUCCCUUGCAUAAGUGUGGAAGGCGGUAAAGUUACUGAUCAAAUAAAUUCGCCUGUUACUGCGUCAGUUCUUGAAAUAAAUGAAAAAACUCAUAAAGACAUUUCGAUGGAUUCCACUUCUUCCAUAAGGAUUCCAUUGUAUUACAUCAAGUACUUACAAGGCGUGAAUCUCCAGCCUAUUGUGCGUCUUGUAGACAUAGCGCAUACCAAGCCUUCAAAGGAAACUGCGCAGUCAAGAGGAUCGAUUUCGUCUCCUCAGCAUCAAGGGAACAACAGCCUUCACUGCCAUUCUCAGCCACGCAAAGACAAAAAUUUGCGACUGAAAGAGCGGAGGCGCCUGACGCUGGUGUGCACGGGGCUGACGGCGGACGAGACGCGCACGGUCUGCUCGCUCCUCAAGAACUUGUGCUGCUCGAGUGCCGGUGGUGACAGUAGCAAACCCAGGGGCGAGAUUCUCAAGACCUGGGUCCCUGGUGUCACUCACGUUAUUGUCAAAUGUGGGGCGGACAAAACGACAGAGCGUACAUUGGAGUACCUGUACGGCGUGGCCUCCGGCUGCUGGGUGCUCAGCUACCAGUGGGCGUUGAGAUCCCUGCAAAAGGGGCGCCUGUUGCCUGAGAAACCCUUCGAGGCCCUGGAUUCGACCGGCUGGGCGGGACCAGCGCGCGGUCGGCUGCUGUGGCAGGAGAGGCGCCUACUUCAGGGCUGCGUCCUUUGCUUCCUGGAGCCCUUGGGGAACUGGUCUCUGCAGCAGUUCGUGGAUCUGGUGCAGUUGUGCGGAGGGCAGGUGACUAAGGAUGGAGCUCACCUCAAGACGUUCCCACCACCUGCAGCAGGUGCCCAUCACCAGCUGCGUCUGAUCGUCAUCAACACUUUUGGAAGGAAGAAAGACAACAUCCUUCGGGCUAAGAGUCUGAGCAAUAGUUACGGGUUUUCGGUGGUCGACUCUGCAUGGCUGGUCGCAAGCGUGGCGAUGUACUCGCUGGUUGCUCUCUCUCCGUACCUCCUCUCACCACCCGACGCGCCUCUCCUGAAGGCCUCUGGUAUCUCUAUGCAGCUGCAGCAGGACACCCAAGAUUUCGUGUAGCUCAAGAGCUGCUCUACGUGUGCAUGCACACCUGCUUGCGGUCUCGGGUGUCUCCACGAAGCUGCAGCAGGACACCCAAGAUUCCGUGUAGCUCUUCAGCUGCUCUGCAUGUACACGCAAUGAUCCUAGAGGCUUCGUUUGCCUCCACGCAUCUGCUAAAGGACAAUGGACUUGGUGUAGCGCGUCGGCGCUCAUGCUCAGCCGUGUACUGCUUCUUGUAUACUUCGUGCUCGUUGAAUAUAUGCGUGCCGUAUUAUGCGUGACAUUUCGCGUUCUAGUCACAAUGGAAUUUAAAUCUUCAGUUUUUGAAGGCUUAAUUGUGUUCAGUUAUCCAUUUUAUGUUGCAGCACUCUUAGGAGGUUCAGUUUCCGCGCUCGUACGCGUUACACGAGUGUAGCAUGAAACGCGUUUUGCUUCAUGAUACAUUUGUUUCUUUCAAUUCAGCGGAUGUAGUUGUUGUCAUUCACCUUUCGUUAAAGAAUUAAGAAUUAGGAAGACGCCAAGCGUCUCCCCGCAGUUACUGAAGGAUUCCUAUUAUGUCGUGUGCACGUACGAAAGAAUACACGUGUCACAAGCGUGACUGUUUAAUUAUAGGCACAGAAUUUUGUGAUCUUCCUUUUAUUUUACAGUCAACUGCCUUUUUUUUAUUCUAUACUAUCAUAUUUUACGUUGUUUGAUUUUAUAGUCCGGACAACCGUGUUUUAAUGAUGUAGUAGCCUCGUUUCCUCUAACUCAGCGGACAUAGUUUGUUGAUUUUAUUGGAGGUUGAUCACUAUUAAUAAAAAUUGUUUCUAGUUUGUU